AUGGCGGGCAGAGCAGCCUACUUUCCAAAGGGUGGAGCUGAAAAACCCUCAAAAUUCACAAAGCCAGAGCUGCCUGCUAGGCCGACUGAAUAUGGACCAGUCUUCGAUACAGAGCACUCUCAACUGCCGAUUGCUGGUUACGACAAGGAUCUCUACGACCAAGUCUAUGGGGGCCGCUCGGAAACAGGCGAGGCCGUCGUUCCGGAUGCUCCGCCGGGGUUCGAUCAAAGUUAUCUUCAUCCCAUGCUGAGUGAGAAUGAGAGACUGCGGUUAACUCUGCUGUGGUACCAUACCAGAUUGAUCGAAGAAGAUGAUGUUCUUCUGGCUAAGAUCGACACCCUUGUUAAGGGUCUACAACAGGCUAUUGGUUGGGAUUAUGCGAUUGCCGGCAUCUUGAACGAGUCAACAUACACAAGACUAGCGACAUCUCAUUUGCCAAUUGCUCGUCUUCCUCGGAGGGAAGCCACUUGUGCUCAUACCAUUAAUCAAGAACUCAGCUCCGUCUUCAUGGUAGCAGACAUGUCCCAAGACUGGCGCUUCAAGCAAUCACCCCAUGUUGAGUGCGGAGGGCUGAGGAGUUACGCCGGCACGCAAUUACGGCUCUUGGCAGAUCAUGGAGAAGAGAUAGCUUUGGGUUCCCUUUGUGUUGCUUCCGAUACGCCGCAACCGCCUCUAUCUCAAUUUCAGCAGGAUCUGAUUGUUCGGUUUGCCGAGCUCAUCAGUUCUUCCAUUACGACUCAUACACGUCAAAGGCGCUUGAAAGAGCGAGAGCAUAUGGAGUCUUUGCUCUCAACUCUUGAAAACGACGUCGGGCUGGACUACGAAACGAAUGCAGUGAACGUCGUGCGCCAAAUGUAUCCCGAUGCGCAGGUUUCUCUCCAGGUCUCCAGGGACGGCAUGCUAGCUGUGAAUGGUCGGCCGGCUUUCUCAUUCUCAGAAGUCUACCAAUCCCUUUGGGAGGAUACUCAAUUCAUCGAAGAAAUAAUAAGAACUUCCAACUACGCGGUGCUUAAGGCGGCCCAGACUGUUCGUGCUGUUGUGGCUCGUUGUGGUAGCUCUGAUAAGUAUAUCGUUGUGGCGUCGAGCAACAUCCAGCAUGUUUUUGAUGACUUCGACGCAUGGUAUGUCUCAAAAUCCGCGUCAAUCAUCGGAGACACUUUGCAAGGGCUCCUUCUCCAGCAAGCACUAGAGGUUAGGGAGAACUUCCUUCGGGGAAUGACCCACACGCUACGAACACCAUUACAUGGAAUUCUUGGGUCGGUCGAAUUACUUGCUGAAGAAUUGGCGUCCCGGGCUGCUCUCGAUGCAGGCAUUGAUUCCCGUCCGGAUUCUACCUCGCCUUCGGCGUGCAUUGCAACAAUAAAGAAUUCGGGGCAAGAGCUAAUGACAACCGUCAAUAACAUUCUCAAGCACAACACUUGGACAGAUGCUCUCCGGCCAUGCCAGCUUGAGCCAUACAACUUGAAAAGGCUUGAACGCGACAUUUUGCCAGAGGUCUUGGCACUUCUACCGUCCGAACGACUUCGGGGUGUCUCAAUCGAUUUUCGGCACGAGUUUAUGGACGACCGCUGCAUAUUUAACACGGAUGCUCAAAUGCUGAAAGACUGCCUUCAAGCGAUCAUCCUCAACGCUAUACAGGCUGUCCUGCUAAAUGUCGUCGGCGUUGUAUCUGUGACCGCUCGAACCACUUCUGAUAUCUCCUGGCUUAUCAUUGAUAUUGUGGAUAACGGUUCCGGUAUUGAACUCGCUAACCACCACAGAGUGUUCGAGCCGUACGAAAAGCUAGAUAGCCUCAAGCCCGGAGCAGGGCUGGGCCUUACAUUGUCCAGUAAGAUCGCUACUACACUUGGAGGUUCUGUUAAGCUGGUCUCCUCCGCCCUAGCUUCCGGCUCGCAUUUUCGAGUCGAAUUUUCCCACCCAGACAUGUCAGCCCUUACGGAAUCCUCAGCGAGCGCAAUGCCUACCCUCGAUAACUUGCCACGGAGAUUCUCCGACGUCAGUAGCGGAGACACUCGGAAUCAUUUUAUGGAUCAUGUCACGAGUUACCUCAGUAAAAACGGCUUUGAGCGCAGUGCAAUCGCAGACGCGGGCCUAAUCAUUACUGGCAAAAACUCAAAAGAGUUCAUCGCGGAAAUCCGUAACUCUAAUCCAAAUGCCCCCGUUGUCAACUGCCAGCCAGGGCACAACGUCAACCCGUCAGAAGAACUGCCAUCUCUUAUUACGAUGACUGGCCCUGUCCACACGCAAAAGCUUGACGAGAUAUUGCACCGUGCGGACCAAUUAUACCAAAACCUCUCCAGAGAAAUGGCCAAGAAGAAAUUGAAGGAGAUUGGGACGGUCUAUUCGCAUUGCGAAUCCGUCGCGGAAGCACCUCCACCGUCGCCCGAUGUACUGACUAUGGCACGGCUCAGCCUAGAUAGUGAUACGGCACCGUCAACUCCCCGCAACACCACUUCUCCGCUGAAGGCGCUUUUGGUAGAUGACAAUCUCAUCAAUCUCCGAGUGCUUCAAAUGUUUUGCCACAAGCGGCAAAUCCCCUACAUUACAGCUGAAGAUGGUGAUAAAGCCUACCAACAAUACAAAAGGGCUGCUGAGGCCAGAGAGCCAUUCACAUUGGUCCUAAUGGACCUUCAGAUGCCGCACUGCGAUGGUAUACAAGCAACAGCAGCGAUUCGUGCAUACGAAGCGCAACGUGGACUCGAAGGCUGCUCAAUCUUCAUGGUGACGGGCCAAGAUUCGGCGAAGGACAAGGCCGGCUCGAGGGGCGCUGGCGCUGAUGAGUUCUUGGUUAAGCCCGUCGGGCCCCGAGAGUUGGAUAAACACAUUUCGCAUUAUUUCAAGCAUUACAAAGCAGCCAGGCAAUAG